AUGUUCGGACGUUUGUUAGGUCGUACCACUUCCCCCAAGGCUCUUGAAGCUGCUCUCUCUCGCACAACUACCACUACUUCCGACGGAGAGACUUCGCAAGCUUCUGCUGAACGAGCUGCUCGGGAUAAGGAAAUUGUUGAGCAAGCUAUCGAAGAAGCUGUCAAGAAGGCUUUGAAUACUGAGGCAUUUACCACCGCUAUUGCUGCUUCUUUGGUCUCGCACAUUAAACCAACCUUCGAAUCAUCCAUCAGCUCUAUCCCUACUGCCAUUCAAAAUGUUUCCCUCAAUGUCGAUGCUGUCGAUUCGAAACUCACUGCUACCGCUGCCGACCUUACUCAACGAAUCGAAGAUACAAAGGUGGAGACUGCAACCAAAUUAGCUGCCAUUGAGGCGGCCAUUGCUAAGAUUACAUCUUCAUUGGAGGGGUUGAGUGAGAAAUCUUCUUCCCAAGAUACCUCAGUCUUGGAAUCGCAUACUACAAAGCUGGAUGGUAUUGCUACCGAGAUUGCAGCUCUUAAGAGUACUACACAUGAGGAGGCAUUCAACACAAUCACAUCCGAGCUUGCUACCAUCAAGAGUGAUGUUUCUGCUAUCAAGGAAUUGGACUCCAGCUCCACUUCCAAGGAUAUCCUCUCCGCUGUCAACACUUCAAACGAGUCUCAUGCUUCCCACGCUGCAGCUUUGACUGAGAUUAAGUCUGCUGCUGAAGGUCAUGCCUCAACUCUUGGCGAGAUCAAAUCCACUCCUGCUUCUAUCCCAACUGAUGUUUCUGGUCUUGAAGCUUCGAUCAAGGAUAUUGCUGCUUCAAUCGAAGAGAUCAAGUCUGCACCCGCACCUUCCACUGUCGACAUUUCGGGUCUUGAAUCUUCCGUCAAGGAGGGUCUCUCUAUAUUAGUCGAAGUCAAGGACACUGUUUCUACUCCAUCUGCCGCCGUCGAGAGAACCGAUCUCUCCGGAUUAGAGGAAUCCGUCAAGGAGGUCCUCUCUACAUUAGCCGAAGUCAAGGAAACUGUUUCUACUCCAUCUGCCGCCGUCGAGAAAAUCGAUCUCUCCGGAUUAGAGGCAUCCGUCAAGGAAAUCUCUGCUACUGUCAACGAGAUCAAGUCUACUCCUGCUCCUGCUCACGAAACUGUCGACCUUUCUUCAAUUGAUGCACAAUUCAAGGAAGUUGCUUCUAACGUUGCCGCUAUCAAGGAAUCUACCUCCACGCCAGCUGCUACUGCUGAACCAAUUGACAUCUCUGGAUUGGAAUCAUCCGUGAAGGAAAUCAUUGCCACUCUCGAGGACAUCAAGACUUCUACUGGUGCCGCUACUAAAGAAGUUGAUUUCUCUCCUAUCGUCUCUACUCUCGAUUCCCACAAGACUACACUUGAGGAGAUCAAGGCUUCAGCCCCUGCACCAAUUGACCUUUCCGCUCUCGAAUCCUCCGUUGCUGAAAUCAAGGCAGCCCUCGAAUCCCACACCGGUACCCUCAACGAGAUCAAGUCAAUUCCAACCCCAGAAAAGACUGACCUCUCCACCAUUGAGAGUUCUGUCAACGAGAUUAAGACAAUUGUUGAGGAAAUCAAGGCCAAGGAGGCACCAGUUUCUGAGAAGGCUGACUUGAGCGAGAUUGAGUCUUCUAUUGAGUCUAUCAAGACAACUGUUGAGGAAAUCAAGGCCAAAGAGGCACCAAUUUCUGAACAAGUUGAUUUGAGUGCAAUUGAGGCAUCUAUUGCUUCGAUCAAGGACACUGUUGACGAGAUCAAGGCUAAGGAAACACCAGUUCAAGAAUCUGUUGACUUGAGCAAGGUUGAAUCUUCCAUCGAGUCUAUUAAGGCAACUAUUGAGGAAAUCAAGGCUAAGGAGACACCGGCUUUCGAGAAGGUUGAUUUAAGUGCAGUUGAGGCAUCGAUUGCUUCGGUCAAGAGCACCGUUGAUGAGAUUAAUGCUAAGGAGGCACCAGCUUCUGAGAAGGUUGACUUGAGUGCAAUUGAGGAAUCGAUUACUUCAAUCAAGAGCACCGUUGAUGAGAUCAAAGCUAAGGAGGCACCAUCUUUCGAGAAGGUUGAUUUGAGUGCAAUUGAGGCAUCGAUUGCUUCAGUCAAGAGCACCGUUGAUGAGAUCAAAGCUACUUCAGCUCCUGAGCACAAGGAUGUUGAUCUUUCUAACAUCGAAUCUGCCAUCGCAGCUGUUAAGGCUACCGUUGAUGAAAUUAAGGCCACCCCAGCCGCAACCCACGAAGUCGUCGACCUUUCAAACAUUGAAUCGUCAAUUGUUUCCAUCAAGACUAUUGUCGAUGAGAUCAAGGCUACCCCAGCUGCAUCUCACGAAGCUGUUGAUCUUUCCAACAUUGAAUCGUCAAUUGCUUUAAUCAAGACUACCGUCGAUGAGAUCAAGGCUACCCCAGCCGCAACCCACGAAGCCGUCGACCUUUCAAACAUUGAAUCGUCAAUUGCUUCCAUCAAGACUAUUGUCGAUGAGAUCAAGGCUACCCCAGCUGCAUCUCACGAAGCCGUCGACCUUUCAAACAUUGAAUCGUCAAUUGCUUCCAUCAAGACUAUUGUCGAUGAGAUCAAGGCUACCCCAGCUGCAUCUCACGAAGCUGUUGAUCUUUCCAACAUUGAAUCAUCUAUCGCAGCCGUAAAGGUCUCUAUUGAUGAAAUCAAGGCUACCCCAGCACCAGAGAAGAUUGAUCUCAGCUCAAUUGAGUCAUCUAUUUCUGAUAUCAAGGCCGCUAUUGAAGAAGUUAAGGCUUCACCUGCACCAGAAAAGGUUGAUCUCUCUAACAUCGAAUCUUCCAUCGCCUCCGUUCAAACUACUGUUGACGAGAUUAAAUCCGCCCCGGCUCCAUCUUUCAAGGAAACCGAUAUCUCUGGUCUUGAAACUUCCGUCAAGGAAAUCAUUACAAGCAUCUCUGCUCAAGAUGGUUUAUUGACCGAGAUUAAGACCACAACUGAGAAAUUCGAUAACAAGGAUGUUUUGACUAAGGUUGAGUUGAUUACUCAAGAGGGUGUCUUUUUGAAUGAGAAGGGACUCAGUCAGAUUAAGCAAGAUGUUAAGGUUAUUGAGUUGAAGUCAUUAUCAUCGCCAACAACACCAACUUCCCCAAGAUCUCCAACAUCCCCAACUUCCUCGACCUCGGGAGCUUCCCCAUCAAAGCCUAAUGGCAGGAAGAGGAAGGCAAAGAAGGCAGCAGCAGCAGCGGCAGCACUUGAGGCUGAAGCCCAGGCUUCAGCUGAAUCCACGGCUGAAUCUGCGGCUUAA